AGGGAAAAUAGUAGCCGAACAAUCGAUUAUUCUUAAUUGUCCACAUAUUUAGUCCCCGUGGACUGUAGUGGCCUAGUCAAAGCUCAAAACCGCAAAGUCACAAGGAGAUCACCGCUCUAAUCUGUGACUCUGUUAGCAAAGAAAGCAGAGUUGAAAUGGCGCCUCCUAAUAGAACAUUUUUACUUGUUGGUUUUCUUGUUAUCUGGGUUUUAUGCGCAGAAUCAUCAUCCCCAAAAGCAGCACAGGAAUCAGAUAAGAUAGGAUAUUUGCCAGGCCAACCAAGCGCCCCAUUGCUCACCCACUUCUCUGGCUACAUCACUGUAAAUCAAUCCCAUGGGAGGGCCCUUUUCUACUGGUUCUUUGAGGCUAAAUCUCACCCCUCCAACAAGCCUCUAGUCCUCUGGCUUAAUGGAGGACCUGGUUGCUCUUCAAUUGGGUAUGGAGCAGCUGCAGAGCUGGGCCCUCUCAGAGUUAAGAGAAAUGGGGUUGGCCUUCACUUCAACAAGUAUUCUUGGAAUAAAGAAGCCAAUUUGUUGUUUGUGGAGUCUCCAGUUGGGGUUGGGUUCUCAUACACAAACACAUCCUCUGAUUUAACCACAUUGGAUGACAAAUUUGUUGCUCAAGAUACCUACAACUUUCUGGUCAAUUGGUUGGAAAGGUUCCCGCAGUUCAAGGGUCAUGACUUCUUCAUAGCAGGAGAGAGCUACGCAGGACACUACGUACCCCAACUGGCCGAGGUUGUGUUUGAUAGAAACAGGGAUAGGGGAAUAUACCCACGCAUAAAUCUCAAAGGUUUCAUAGUGGGGAACCCGGAAACGAAUGAUUAUUAUGAUUAUAAAGGCUUGUUAGAAUAUGCGUGGAGUCAUGCCAUAAUUUCAGAUCAACAGUAUGAUAAAGCGAAAGAAGUAUGUGAUUUUACACAGGAAAACUGGUCUGAUAAAUGCAAUGAAGCAAUGUCUAUUGUAUUCACCAAGUACGAAGAAAUUGAUAUCUACAACAUCUAUGGUCCCAGAUGUCUUCUAAAUGGUUCUUCUUCGGCAACUGGUAUCCGUGGUGUGCUGGAUCUUGCUCUUACUAAUAAGGAAAGAACUUAUGCAUACAGGAGGAUGAAGCGAAUACCCGGGGGUUAUGAUCCAUGCUAUUCCCCAUAUGCGGAGGAAUACUUCAACAGGAUUGAUGUUCAAAAGGCUUUCCAUGCAAAUAUUAGAGCACCGGGUUCUACUGUCAACUGGAAGACAUGCAGUGAUCCAGUAUUUAGGGCAUACAAAUACACUACGUUCUCUCUACUGCCUGUGUAUGAAAAGCUAAUCAAAGGCGGUCUCAAGAUUUGGAUUUACAGUGGGGAUGCCGAUGGGAGAGUACCAGUAAUUGGGUCAAGAUACUGCAUAGAAGCUCUUAAACUGCCUCUGAAAUCCCCCUGGCGAUCGUGGUUCCAUAAUCAUCAGGUAGGAGGAAGGAUAGUCGAGUACCAUGGGCUGACAUUUGUAACGGUGAGAGGUGCAGGCCAUCUCGUACCUCUCAAUAAACCGAGUGAAGCUCUAGCUUUGAUACAUUCUUUCUUGUCCGGUGAAGAACUCCCAGCGCAGAGAUGAACAUCAUCGCGCUCUUAGAUUCGUUCGUAUACUUGUAUCAAUUCGAAGAAAUUCAGGAGCCCUAAACACCAGAAUACUAGCUCAAACAGUUAACAGCAUUGUGUAGUUCAUGUUUGUGUAGCCAGAGAGUUGAAUAAUUUCUUCUCAACCCAAAGAAAGCUACAGACUUUUCUUCUUUCUUGCUAUUUAUUGUUUCUGUGAUGAACAAAACUUGUUCUGUUGUACUAAUAAGAUAAGGAUUUUAUUACUUUGAAUUAAUUAAA